UCUCCAUAUCCGUGAUGUAUUUAUUCUCUUUACUAAUCUUGUUUCUUCUUUUUUCUCUUCCUCGCCAAAAGAGAAGUUUUACUUCAACCCCAGUCCCCAACCCAAACCCUGUCAUAAAACAGACUCUUCUGCAGAAUCCACCGGCGAGCUCUGAGAAAAGAUGAAGAUCCAGUGCGACGUCUGCAACAAGAACGAGGUGUCGGUGUUCUGCACCGCCGACGAGGCCGCCCUCUGCUCCGCCUGCGACCACCGCGUCCACCACGCCAACAAGCUCGCCUCCAAACACCAACGCUUCUCUCUUCUUCAUCCUUCCUCUAAACAAUUCCCCGUCUGCGAUAUCUGCCACGAGAAAAGAGCGUUCUUGUUCUGUCAGCAGGACAGGGCGAUUCUCUGCAGAGAGUGUGAUCACCCGAUUCACUCGGCAAACGAACACACCCAGAAACACAACCGAUUUCUCCUCACUGGCGUUAAGCUUUCUGCUACUUCUGCUAUUUAUGGAUCUUCUUCCUCUGAUAUUUCCGUUCCCAAUCCGAAAAUGACUGAUCAGUCUUCUUCCCUCAAGAAGUCCGUUUCUGUUUCCCCUGCGAUUUCGAAGCCGCCUAAUUCUGUGCUGACCAAGAAUUCAGCUUCGUCCACAUCCACAGCGACAACGACGAUGACGAAUUAUGAUCCGUUGACAAACGACGAGGUUGGUUUGACGAGCAGCAUAUCGGAGUACUUGAUAGAGACGCUUCCCGGUUGGCACGUCGAGGACUUUCUUGACUCUUCCUCUGUCGCCUUUGGUUUCUGUAAGGGUGAUGAUGGGAUAUCGCCGUUUCUGGAUUGUGAUCUGGAGACCAACUUAGGUUCUUUCUCGGCAGAAAAUAUGGGGAUUUGGGUCCCACAAGCACCGGCUGUUGCUCCUCCUGCGUAUCCUACAGAAAUGGGUAAAGUGCUGGUUGGGACAAAGGAGGGCACAAAUUUCAAAGCCAACAGUGCUGCAAGAAGGUGGAGCGAUGAUGGAUUUACAGUGCCACAGAUCAACCUUCCAUCUUCAGGCUCCAAAAGAUCAAGACCCUUUUGGUAGAUUACUGCUAUCAAUUGGCCGAUCAUUUUCUUUUUUUCCCCCUACUUUUUCCUUUUUGGGGAUAAAGCUUGGUUUGUUCUAUUAAUUUGGUUCUAGUUUGACUUUUGUGUUUUUUGGUAUGUGAUGUGGCUGCAACACAGUUCGUGGGUUUUAGGUUUUAAUCGUUUGUUCUUUCUUUGUUCUAUGUAUUUCCGAAACGUAAAGAUCACUGUGAAUAUGCAAAAUUUCCUUCGGUACUGUUUUGCUUUUCACUUUCAAUUUUCAAAGAAGCUGAAGCUUGAACUGCUUUCAUGAUCUUUUUUUUUUCUUUACAUAAUUUUCAUGUUGAAUUAUUAUUGU